AUGUUUAGUAAAUACCUCGUAACUGCAUCUUCCCUCUUUGUGGCUUUGACCUCUGCAGCAUCUACCGUUGAUCUAGAUGCUCUGCUUCUUCUACCAGGGGUCGAGUCCCACGACGGCGUUGAUACUGUAUUUUCGACCAAAGACUUUUAUCAAGUGUCAUUCGUCAAAUCCAUUGCUCCUGCUAUCGUAAACAGCUCCGUAAUCUUCCACGAUGUUUCUCGUGGUGUGGCUAUGGGCAAUGUCAAGAGCAGAGCAAGUAUCUUCAACCCAGAGGAAACGUAUUACGAUUGGGAACAGUACCAAGUAGUAAAUAACGGAGACUGGCGAACCGAAUGGGCACCUGCCUCUGACUGCAUUUGGAGGGAGGAGAAGGAUAACAGCGACGAAACACCGGACAGAUUCCCCAUCUCGGUGCCAUAUAAUUGGACGUCACAGUACUCAAUUGUAGAUUAUGACACAGACGCUAACGAAGACAAUUUAGAUUUCAGGUUUAUUAAAUCAUUGCUAGAUAAGAAAAAUUGGUUGAAAAAAAUUAACCAGACUGUUUCCCAAUCCAGUAUUAUGGUAGCACCAAUGAUUAGGCCAUACAAUGUGGUCCAGCUUUGGUAUUCAAAAGAUAUGGUUUGGGCAAACGUCCAAAGACAAUAUUGUAGCGGUGUUUAUCCAGGAGGGACUCAAUGUAGCGCUUGGUCCAGGUACUACCAUGUUGAUGCACCCACCUGCGAUGAGCCUGUCGCCUCUUACAUGACCAAAAUGUUGGAAAAUGAGGUUCAGUGUCCCAAUGAGAGAAACGCAACUACCCUAGAGCCUCUCCGCCUGAAUAAGCAGGGAGACUCUGAUUUUUCUUUGACUUUCGAGGAAGAGGAAGAGGAAGAGACAGGAUCUAAAUCUCUUUGGAGUACAUUGAAAAAAAUUUUCUCUAAAAGAAGUAUAAGUUGA